AGAACGCCCCGGCUGGCCAGCCCCUCACCUUCUUCCUCCCCUCCCCAUGACGCCAUCCUUCCCCUCCUCCCUUCGGUACGGGGAGCCGGGACGCUCCGAACCCACACCCCCCACUCCGCCUUGCGUCACAGAGAGGCUUGUGACGGCCCCGCCCGCCAGAAGUAUCGCGCGCGGAGGUCGGUGCUGCGCGUGACGCGGCACUGGGGAGGAGGAAAAGAGGGCGAGCGCGAGCGCGGGGGAGCGCGAGCGCGAGAGCGAGCUCGCUGGGGAAGGCUGGAGAGGAGGCGGAAUCGAGGAGCUGAGGAGUGGGUCCGGUCCGGUCCUGGCUGGUCCGCAAACAUGUCCGUUUGACACUGUCCAGGAAGAUUGUCCAGUAAUUUAAAAGCAUUUAAAGCUUUUAAAUGCUAGAAGGUCUUCUAGAAGAGCCAUAGGAUCUUGCCCACCAUAAAAUGGUCUACUGGAUUUCGUGUUGUCCAUAAGCGUGUGCACAUUCCACGUAUCAAUGACUGUUUUGACCAUGGAUGGUGAGGAAAUACCAGACUUUUCAAGUUUAAAGGAGGAAACUGCUUAUUGGAAGGAACUUUCCUUGAAAUACAAACAAAGUUUUCGGGAAGCACAGGAAGAGCUGGUUGAAUUCCAAGAAGGAAGCAGAGAAUUAGAAGCAGAAUUGGAAGCUCAGCUAGUUCAGGCUGAACAAAGAAAUAGAGACUUACAAGCUGAUAACCAAAGAUUGAAAUAUGAAGUGGAAGCAUUAAAGGAGAAACUAGAACAUCAGUAUGCACAGAGUUAUAAGCAGGUCUCUGUUUUGGAAGAUGAUUUGAGUCAGACACGAGCCAUUAAAGAACAAUUACAUAAGUAUGUAAGAGAGCUGGAGCAGGCCAAUGAUGACCUGGAGAGAGCAAAAAGGGCUACAAUAGUUUCGCUGGAAGACUUUGAACAAAGGCUGAAUCAAGCCAUUGAACGAAAUGCAUUUUUGGAAAGUGAACUUGAUGAAAAGGAAUCUUUGCUGGUUUCUGUACAGAGGCUAAAGGAUGAAGCAAGAGAUUUAAGACAAGAACUAGCAGUACGUGAAAGGCAACAAGAAGUAACCAGAAAGUCGGCUCCUAGUUCUCCAACUCUAGAUUGUGAAAAAAUGGAUUCUGCUGUACAGGCAUCCCUUUCCUUGCCAGCCACUCCUGUGGGGAAAGGGACAGAGAACAGCUUUCCUUCACCAAAAGGUAUACCAAAUGGUUUUGGUACGAGCCCACUAACUCCUUCUGCAAGGAUAUCAGCAUUAAACAUUGUGGGGGAUCUCUUGCGGAAAGUAGGGGCCUUAGAAUCCAAAUUAGCUGCUUGCAGGAAUUUUGCAAAGGAUCAAGCAUCACGGAAAUCCUAUAUUUCAGGGAAUGUUAAUUGUGGCCUGGUGAAUAGCAGCAGCACAAAGUUCUCUCGUUCAGGGCAUACAUCUUUCUUUGAUAAGGGGACAGUAAAUGGCCUUGACCAAGUUCCUCCAACUGGUCUGGGCUCCUCCAGACCAUCAUCUGCGCCAGGUAUGCUGCCUUUGAGCGUGUGAGCACCCAGUGUCCAGGUGGAGGACUCGGCCCUCCACUGAUGAACAAGGAUAUACCUAUGCCUCACCUGUCUGUGCCCACACCUGCAAGGCCCAGCUCAUGUCCUUCUAUCCACCUGCCUUCCCGUAGCCAGCAGAUGGCAUGUCACCUGCAUGCCAUGGCAAACACCGUGCCCACUGCCCUGCAGGACUCUGCUCGAUGUUAACCCUGGUUAUUUUCUCUUCUCACCAUAGUGCCCAUUGGUUUCACAUGAUUGCACUUUCGUGGGUCACAAGCUGAUACGUGUAUUACUUGGUUUCUCUGGAUACAGAAGUUCCCCCUCACCCCACUCAGCCCCUGCAGCCCUUCCUUGCUGUUCCAGUAGGAGUCAUUUGAGUGUAGGACCAGUGCAAAUCUUGGAGUUCUCUAAAACCUCAUCAGUGUGUCCUUCACCACAGCUGUUCCACCCCCACCCCCCACCCCACAGCAUCUUUCCUCCUGCCCCCCAAAAGAGUCUUUUAUAGCAAAAAGACUUUUGUAUUUUGGGGGCCUCAUUUCUGUUUCAUAUUCAUGGUAGUCAUGGACACAGGGCACGUUUUUCCUGUACCUUCUGAAGUCUUUUGAGCAGUUAGCAUUUCUCUAGGCUCCUAUCACCAAGAGCAGUAUUCAGUCCUGGGUCAUGGACAGCAAUGAACAGGGUCCCCAGGAAGUCCUAGAGGCCGUGUUUUGGAGGACUUUGCAGCUGUGAGGUGUGUCUUCUUCUCUCUGUGCCUCAGACUUGGUGGGGUUGACCACCUCCUCACCAGCUUUCUGGAUCCUUCAGUUAAAAACACUAUCUUCAGAGCACUUUUGUUUUACUCUCAGUGGGCCUAACCAGUUGAAUUGGGAGGAGUUGAGUGGCCCGUCUCCAAGGGGCAAAGAGAAGACUGCCCCUCAGAAGGGUAGGACUUUACGUGUUUUUCCUGUGCAUCCUUUGAUUAUUCACAUGCUGCAUUUACUGUUUACAUUUUUUUUGUAUAUAGGUUUGUAAACAUACUUGCCUGAGAUAUUUGUGCAUAACUUGGGCUUUGUAGCUUUAUUUAUUCAGAAUCCAUUUGGCAUGUUUAAUGACUUAGGAUGGUGUCCUACAGGGCAGCUGUACAAGAUCAUCAUGUGGUUUAAAAAAAUAACAAAACACUUCUCAUCAAAAUAAAGAUCUUUUUUUGUGGAAACAGUGAAUUUUACAGAAAAAGAAGACUGAAGUUGAUUUAUUGCCUGUAUGGGAGAAAACAAAAAUUGGAGAAUACUAAUGACUCAAGAAGUUCAAAUCCAUGACCCCAUAAAUCAGAAAGAGGAAUUGAUUUUUACUGUGCAGUGGUCUUCCCUAAGGGUGUUACGGGCAGGUAUCGCAGAAGGAAGAGGCCCCGAUUUUGCUUUGAGGGGCAUAUUCCUUGUUCCCUUUUUCUCUUUUUGCCACCUAUGCCGAUGAAAUGAGUGAUCCUUAACCUCAAGAUCAGAAGCAGGUGGAGGAUGACCAUGAAGCCUAGUGAGCAGAUUCCUACCAUGUGCUUGUUAGGGUUAGUUUAUGGCGUAGAUAGAGUGGAUGUUACCAUCAUUUUUCAUCAAGUGAGGUGUUACUCACUUUUGUCAUUCUUUAAUUUGAGGUCAUUUCAAACUAGGCUUCUUAAUUUUCAACUCAGAAUUUUCAGUUCAUCUCUCAGGCUUGCUGAUUAACACCAGGUGAGAGAAGGUUCCAGGUAUUUGAUAGCAUGACAAGAACAGCUUUAGACACCUGCAGACUGGAUGCUCAACAGCUCUCAUUGGACAGGCUUUGAAUACUACUUUUGUUACAACAGAUGAACUCAGCAUUAAGAGCAAGCAGAAACUAAAAUGCUAAAUAAGCAAUAUCAAGUAAUAUUUCACAUUUGUAAAAAAAUAAAAUAUUAUGCAAGUAGUCUCUGCUUUUAGACAUACUGCAUUCUUUUGGAGUCUGUGUUUUAAACAAGUUCUCCACAAGACUGAAUCCUGAUGUCUUUUGCAUAGGUAUCUUCCUCUACAGCAGCAAGGGAAGCUGGUAUACUAUUAAGGCAUCAGUGAAAAAUGAGGCCUACCUAUUUUCAUGGAUGAAAUCUUACUCAUUUAAAGUUGCAACCUAGCUAGUGAAGGAAUAUUAUCUUCCAACUUACAAUUUUUAGGGGUUGGAUCCUAUUUUAGAUACCUACUAGGUGCUACCAUGAGCAAAUUUUGUGAAGAGUUUUGUGAAGAAAGUACUUUGUAAACAUCAGUAUAUACAUGUGAAUUAUUAUUAGGCUUGGUGAUCAUGGGAUAGUGGAAACAACUAUUUGGAAUCGGAAGACCCGGGUUCUAAAUUAAUUGUAUGACUUUGGUCAAAUCAGGUUCUUCGUCUAUAAAAUGGAGAGGUCAGACUAGUCAAUUUCUAAGGGUCCUUCCAGUUCUAAAAUUUAUUGUGAGGUUACUUCCACCUUUGAUCUUCUGUGAUUCCCAGUAGCCUUUUAUAGUUUUAGCUGUAUUCAUUAACUUUUUUUUAUAGCUAAGGCCCCUUCAUUUUCCUAGAGCAGAAAUGAUAAACAUCAACCUGUUCCACACACAGAUAUGUCCUCUCUGCCCAUGAUGGUCAUUUCUUCUUUCCCUCCUGCUUCACACUUCUGUUUCUCUCCAUAUCAUUAGAUUCUGCCUUUCUGUUCAUGUCAGCCUUUUAAAGUACCUGCAUAGUUCUCUUUGCUUUCUAAGGAGUCAAUUUGGUAACUUCAGUCAAUAAAAAGUAAAUGUUUAUUAAACACCUAAAAACUCAGUUGGUUUCAUUCCCUCUCAUCCUGCCACCAAGACAUCAUUAGCUGUCACAGCCAUGAGUUCCUGUUCAUUUCUCUGCUACGUGUACUCUUUUGUAAAGUGCAGCGUUCAAUUCCAUCACCAGGUAGUUCUACUUGCUGAUGUAAUGCAAGAGCAAACUGAUGUUAUGAGCACUGGGUUGGGAGUCAGAGGUUUUGAGUUUAAAUCCCAGCUCAGCCGCUUACUACCUUUACAACCACGGGCAGAUCAUUAAGGAGGGCUAUUUUCCUCAUCUCUAUAGUGAGGGGGAUGGGCUAGGUGACUUUUAAGGUCCAGAAGUUUUAAAUCUAUGUGUGAAUCUGGUAUUUGUGGCCCCAAAACACAGCCUUGCAAGGGGGUAAACUAAAAGAAGUCAUUCUUAGCUUAAGUUACUUAUUCAGUAAUGAGCGUAAGUUUACCAUAUUUUGCCUUGGCAGCCUGUAAUUUUAUCGCAACAUCUCCCUAGCAUUUUCCUCGAUAUAAACACCUGCCUAUUGACACUGUUAGGGAUGCUUUCCAGGAACUUGACCCUGUCAGUUGCCAUUUUUACAAAUCUUCCUUGUAGAAGGAGAAGGUACUGGUGACCAAUUGAUGAGAUUCAUAUUUAUAAGGGCAGAGAUCUGGUGCUCAGCUGAGGUUUCAGUGAACAAUCUCUUCUAGAUGAUGCAACACGUAAGCUGGAAGUAAAGAUAAGAAACAAGGAUGAGCAGAGGGACCGGGAUGUUUGCAUUUUUUAAAAAAAUACUGUUAAAAGAAUGGCAUUUUGUUGGUCUUUAUUAAUGUAAGACCUGUGCUGCUGGAAGGCAAAGGUAAAUAAAGAUAGCCCUCGCUUUCAUCUAGUGAUAGAUACAGACUUGUACACAGUUAAAUGUAGUACAGAUGAGAGUGUGAUGAGUGCCUAUGAAAUCAGUGCUAUGAGAGCGAUCACUUCUGUGGGGGGAAGGGAGGAUUGUAGAAAACGGCAGGCAUCUGAGUUAGAUCUUGAAAGAUGAGCCUCUAGAGAUGAGUAUUUGUGCAAGGUAUUUCAGAGAAGGCAGUUGUAAAACACUGGAAAGAAUGGAAUUCAUUCAGGGGUGGGGAAUAUUCAGGGUUUGGCUCUAAUGAACCGUCUA